CAAACGGUGUUAUUCCACGCGGUUACUUCUUUCACCGCGAUAGACUUGAAACGACACCCACGUGUGAGCCGCCAAUAUGUGCCGACCUAAUGCUGCGGUAUUUUUUUUGAUUUUCGUGUUUGGCGCCUAUGCCCAAAAUAAUUCGCGCCCAUUUUUUGACAGGCAGAUCUACUUGCCGAGGUGCAAAUUUGAUGAGCACAUACUGAAAAACAAUGACAAAUUCGAAAAAGAAAUUUUGAAAUCGGAUUUUGUUUUCACGGGAAAGGUGACCGACGGUGACAUUUAUUAUAGGGAUGACACUAUAAUUUUUAGUGUGACAGUGAGAAGGUAUUUUAAAAACUCUUUGAAAUAUGCCAAGACUAAAGAAGUGCGAGUUGUGAAGACGUUGAACGAAGGUGAAGGUGUGAAGUGUCGACAGCCCAUUAGACCGAAAUUUACUGCAAUUUUUAUUGGACGGAAAUUGAAAAAUUCAAAAGACGCGGAAAUGUAUUUGGUAAUUGGUCCUGUUCCGGUAACACUGUACAAUUUGGAUAGAGUUACUGCGGCAACAAAAGACGAGAAACUCCUAAACUUGGAAGUCAAAACCUAUCCUCAAGAUGUUACCGAUAUCCAACAAAAUAGGCCAAGCAUCAAUCCAGCACCAGAUCCUGAAAAUUAUUGGAACUUGCCAGGCCACGAAUAUGAGCCCUGCGAGAAGACGUAUUGCGCUUGGGGGGCCCAGUGUGUCAACGCUCCUGAUGGAAAAGCCCUUUGUCAAUGCCCGACGUCGUGCAAACCUAAAAUCGAACCUGUUUGUGGGACGGAUAAUGUGACAUACGACAACCAAUGCUUGAUGCGAGUGGCGUCCUGCAAGGCACGACUCGACACUAGGGUUAAACAUGGUGGGGAAUGUGUUGAUAACGACUUAUGCAAAGAAAAGAACUGCGGAUACGGUGCUCGAUGCGUAAUGAGUCCGGAUGGCCGAAAUGUCAGCUGCGUUUGUCCAGAGAAAUGCCAUAGUUAUGGGGACCAUGUAACAUCUCAUCCUGUAUGUGGUUCGGAUGGCGGCGACUAUAAAAAUAGGUGCGAACUAGACCGUGCAGCCUGCAAAUCAAACAACAACAUCACUAUUAAAUUCAACGGGAAGUGUGAUCCAUGUGCCGGUGUCGAAUGUACCGAACCUGAAAUAUGUCAGCUCGAUUCUCAGAGAAAUCCUGUGUGCCGAUGUGGAGAUACUUGCCCUUUAGAGUUUACCCCAGUCUGCGGUUCGGAUGGAAAAACCUAUUCGAAUGAGUGUACUUUACGACAAGAGGCUUGCCGAACCAGAAAAACCCUCAAUAUUAUUUACAGAGGAAAAUGCAGCUCAGGAAUAAACCCUUGCACGAGUGCGCGCUGUACGACAGGUCAAGAAUGCUCAAUAAAUAAAUUCGGGAUUGCGGAAUGUGCGUGUCCGCCAGAAUGUGAGCCUGUAAUGCGACCGGUGUGUUCUAAAGAUGGCCGAACUUUUCCUUCCGAAUGCGAAUUGAAGAGAGCGUCUUGUCUAUCUCGCACCGCUAUUGACAUCAAUUACACCGGAGUUUGCGGAGAAAAAGGACCUUGCAGCGAGCACAAAUGCCAAUUCGGUGCUGCGUGUGUAGAGAAAACAGGGUCCGCUCAUUGCGAGUGUCCCAUUUGCUCGUCCGAAUUCAACCCUGUCUGUGGUUCAGACGGCAUUUCAUAUGGAAAUGAGUGUAAGCUCCGACUGGAAGCCUGCAAGCACAGACGGGAUAUAACUACAUUAUAUGGUGGACCUUGUAAUGGAUGUGAAAACAAAAAGUGCGAUUUCUAUUCAGUUUGUGAAAGCGAUGGGGCUACGGAAGGCCGUUGUGUUUGCCCGCAGAAGUGCAUUGACGCGAAGCUCAACAACGGUUCGGUCUGCGGAACAGAUGGAGUCACUUAUACGAGCGAAUGCGAACUUAGGAAGAAUUCCUGUAACACAAAACAAUACGUUCUGCUUGCUUAUAAAGGAAACUGCGAUUUAUGCGAGAACGUGGAAUGUAAAUACGGGGCCCGAUGCGAAGCUGGAGAAUGUGUAUGCCCAACGAAUUGCGAUGGUUCCGGUGACGAGCCUGUGUGUGCAUCAAACAUGGUGACGUAUCCAAACGAAUGUGAAAUGCAAAAAGCCAUGUGUCAAGAUUCGCCCAGCUACAGAGGACCUUUCAAUGUAGUUUUUUAUGGAGAUUGCAGAGACAGAUUUCCUAUCGGAAGUACUACGCUUGGCUCAUUGACCAACGUUCCGCCAACUGAAGUGGUAACAGUGCCAACGGAGAACAUCAUUACCAAUAUAAGUAGCAACGCAAAGGAGGCAUGCAGAGAUAUACAUUGCGACUUUGAGGCUACUUGCGAGCUCGGCCCCGAUAAUUUUCCCCGGUGUACAUGCAGAUUUGACUGUGCCAGUGCAGUGUUAGCGAAUCCAGUCUCGAAUAAGCCAGUGUGCGCUUCCGAUCUAAGGAUUUACUCCUCGAUAUGCGCGAUGAAAAUGGAAGCAUGUCAAAGACAGGAAGAGUUGCGACUGAGACCGCUAGAGCUUUGUCAAGGGAUGGAAGUGAAACCGUGCAAAGGCGAAAAACCGGUUACAGACCCUGUUACAGGAAGGGAGCUGGAUUGUGGUAACGGCCCUUUUAGGCAGGACUGUCCUUCUGGCACUUACUGCCAUCAGACAACCCGAUUUUCGCGUUGCUGCUUUAAAGAUAAAAACUUCAUCGAGAAAAAGAGUUGCGAAGACAGCUGGUUUGGAUGUUGUCCCGAUGGUAAAACGUCUGCAGAGGGGCAAAAUUUCGUGGGUUGUCCAUUGUCGUGCGGUUGUAACCGACUUGGGUCCUAUUCGGAAUACUGCGAUGUAAAAACUAAUAAAUGUAAAUGCAAACCUGGAGUGGGUGGAGACAAAUGCGAUCGUUGCGAACCUGGAUUCUGGGGUCUACCGAAAAUAUCCUCGGGAUUUAAAGGAUGUUUACCGUGCGGUUGUUCUAUAUUCGGUUCGGUGAGGGAUGAUUGUGAACAAAUGACUGGUAGAUGUGUAUGCAAACCGGGAGUUCAGGGCCAGAAGUGUACGAUUUGUACCAGCCACAACAAACUUCUCAGUCCAAACGGAUGCGUCUCAGCGGAUUUGACGACGAUUCCUCGAGCUACGUGCAAAGAAUUGACUUGUUACUUUGGGGCGACAUGCGUUGAAAGGAACGGAGUCGCGAUGUGCGAAUGUCACCAUGAACAAUGUCCUCAGGACAAUGAAGUGCAAAUUGUGUGUGGCAGUGACGGGCAAACCUACAAUUCUCCUUGCGAAUUAAAUGAACUAGCUUGUCGAUUACAAAAAGAUAUUGUCAUUCAAGCAUUUGGAACUUGUAAGGAAGACAUGUUUCCCGGUACUGAUUGGCCCUUACGCCGUUAUACACCCCUUCAGUUUACCCAACCUGACGAAGUUAACUCCCCUUUAUCAAAAUCUACCAGGCAUCUUUUGGUUCCCGACUCUAGGUUUUACUAUGGAAGUGCUACUAGACCUUUAAGUUCUGACGUUAAAGAUACCAGGGAUGGAGAUAUUGCUCUAGCUUACAGACCUACUCCGGCAACCGUCAGAGUUACAGCAUUAUUAGGGGAUCUCUGUUCAAAAAGUUCGGAUUGUAUGAUAUUGAAUAGCUAUUGUGUGGCGGGAGCCUGCACUUGCUUACCAGAUUAUUACGCCUCAAACGAUCGGCAAAGUUGUAUAGAAGAUUCUCGACCGACAAAAGAAUUUCGAGCCUGCAGCUCAUCUCCGUGUUUCCACUUGAGCACUUGCAUCGACCUGCCUGGAGCGACCUUCACCUGCAUUUGCCCUGAAAAUUAUACAGGCCCAUCUUGCGAAUCCGAAAUUGUUUUGAAAAAAUAUGAAACCCCCUCCUUUAGUGGCAGAUCCUACGCCAUACUUAAGACGAUCGAAGCCUACAACAAACUUGUUAUUGAAAUGGAGUUCAAAUCCUACACUUACGAUGGGAUACUGUUCUAUAACGCCGAAAAUGAAGACGGCUUAGGUGAUUUUGUAUCUUUGUCCCUAGUUAAUGGAUUUGUCGAGUUCAAAUAUAAUUUGGGACACGGACCUGUUAUUAUGCGUUCUGUAGACAGAAUCGAACUUGGCAAGUUUCACAGAGUUGUGGUUAAGAGAUAUAACAGAGAUGGUUUGCUUAAAUUGGACGAUGCCGAUGAUGUCGCGGCACAGGCAGCGGGAUUAACAAAAGCCCUGGAUUUGAAGACCGAUACGUAUAUUGGAUAUGUUCCCACCAAUUUCACUAGGGUAUUUGAAAACAUCGGCACCGACAAAGGGCUUGAGGGAUGUAUAAAAAAGUUGAAGAUUGGCAGGGAGGAAAUUGAACUUCACACGUUCCGACACGAAAUGGUAUUAGAAACUAAAGGCAUUUACGAUUGCAGCCAACAUGCAUGUGAACAAUCUCCGUGUUUAAAUCAAGCCCAAUGUGUCCCGAUGGAUGACCUGUUUCGAUGCGAGUGCCCUCCGCAGUUCUCCGGAAAGUUUUGCGAUAAAUUGGACGAUCCUUGCAUGUCUAAUCCUUGUGUUUUUGGCGCCAAGUGCCAGCCGUAUGAUCAGGACACUUAUAUUUGUAAGUGCAAACCAGGACAGACUGGAAAAAGAUGUGAAAUUGAGUAUAAAAAUGAUCAAGUAGUAAUGCCAGAAUUCACCGGCCACAGCUAUAUCCGACUUCCGCCAAUAAAUGUUAUCGAGAAGGCAUUCUCGAUUGAAGUCUCGUUUAUGCCCAAAGCACCUAAUGGUCUAAUUUUGUACAGCGGCCAGAUAGAAAAUAGCCUCAGCGAUUUUAUUUCCUUGAAUCUGGCUCAGGGCUAUUUGCACUUCCGAUUCAACUUGGGUGGAGUCGGCGUCGAUCUGCUGUCUAUGGAUCCCAUCGUCAUCCGUAAAUGGCACCACGCCCGCAUAUCUGGAAACGGGAUAGAGGGCCUUUUACAAGUUGACAAUUCAAGCAUAGUUUUUGGCUACUUGACCGAACCCCUUGGGAUCGUUGUGCUCGACAAACCGCUCUACGUUGGAUCUAUACCUGAAAAGGAAGAAAACAACAAUCUGUUCUCCUUACCCGGAUGGAAUAAGGGAUACCGAGGAACGAUUCAAGGACUCGCCGUAAAUGGAAAUCCGCUCCCGAUAACAAACAUAUUAUCGGACUGCUCAUACAAUCCCUCCAACAAUAGUUGCGCGUCGAACGUGGGAUUCUAUGAGGGAUUACCUUGUCCCUUUCUCAAAAAUCCUUGUGUAAAUAAUGGCUUCUGUGUUCCCGACAUGGACGGUUUUGUUUGCCAGUGUCUGGACAGGUUUAAAGGAAAACGAUGCGAAUUUGAAGAUGUCAGUUCUUUUUCAGAGGAUCCCAGCCGCUCCGUCAAAUUUACUGGAAAUACUCAUUUGCAAUAUAAGCUGAAAGGAUUUAAAAGCUAUAAUCAUACUGAUAUCGCAAAUCAAGUGGUAGUCCAACUGAAACGAAAGAGAAAGGAGACCAGCAUUUUUGAUUACAAUGGAGAGGAGGAACUGAGAAAAUCGGAAUUUGGAAAUGACUACAAAUUUGUACUUCAAACGUUUGUGGCUGAUGGCUUAUUAUUAUGGAGAAGCAAAUCGAAAAGAACUGCUAGAGAUUAUUUCGCUGUCGCCAUCGAAAACGGAUAUCCACAAGUCAGUUUCAAUCUUGGUAGGGAAAAAAGACUCUUCUUGAUCAGAGGCACAAAACGGAUCGAUGACGGCCAUUGGCAUACAGUGCACGUUAAAAGGAAGAAACGAAUUGGUAUGAUAUCGGUUGACGGUGGACGGUUUGUGCGUGGAAGAUCAAAUCCUGGGUCGAAAAGCUUGAGAACGACAGCGAAACUUUGGAUUGGUGGUGCUCCAUCAGUACCUCCAGGUUUCUCCGAAGCGUACUACAAGGGCUUCCACGGAUGCAUAAAAGAAUUUUGGGUCCACAAUAAGCGUUUCAACUUAUUAGCGACCUUCGACAACAAGAUUGUCAAUUUAUGUCACUUCAACGACCUCAACAACGUGUGAACAACCCCUGCAAAUUCUAUUUUGCGGUAUUUUAUGUGAGACUGAAUAGUUAUUUCCAAUGUUUAGCUUAGAAAGAUGUAUUGAUGUAUAUAGUUGUAUUGUUUAUUAAGGUAGGUACUAAAUCACAGAGCUUCAAUUUAAACUACCUAUGUUUUUGUCUAGUCCUGUAAAAAAAUUCUGUUAACCUGCCUUUACCACUACAUUGUCAUGUUUUUGGAAUAAAAUAGGAAAAUUUGUUAUUAAUUAUUGCUCAAAGCAAUAAUCAAUUUUCGUUUUCCAUUCUGACAAAGGCGAUUAACUGACUCAUUUGUAAUAUAUUUAUGGCGUCAAACUUUGACCAUGAAAUAUUUGAUGGCAGGGCGACAAAAAAGAACUCAUAGGAAAAAGUAUUCUACAAUCAAAAUUUUAUUGAAUUGGCUUUACAACUACUAAAUUUAAUUAGGCAAAAAAAGAUGUGAUGACUACAAUAAGGAUGCAAAUAGGGCACGAGCUUUAUUUAUUUUUUAUGUCACGUGUCAUAUUUAUAGUAUAUGCAGUUUAUUAUACAAGUCAAUUUUUUAUAUUCUUAGGAGAGAGCCUCAAAAAAAAUAUAUUAUUGAACAUGCUGAUCGAUUUAAAGACUGUAAAUUAGUAGGUAUACAUUAAAGCAUUAGAUGGAAUAUGAGAAAAUAAAAACUAAACUAAACUAAGUACUAAUACAAUUGCAGAUGAAGUAGGUGAUGUUUGAUCAAUUUAAAAUGUUGGAUAAAAAGCAACUAAAAUCAAAAUUCAAAAACUUCAAAUUGUAUGGAAUUUUUUUGAGGCAUAAAAAAUCGACUUUUAUAAUAAUUUAGUAUUAUAGGAAAUUUCUAAUGUACUUUUGAAAAAAGUUGAAAGCAAAACACAAAAUUAUUUUAACAAACACACUACUAUUGAAAAUAUCGUGGUAAUAAAUUAACAGAUAAGUAUAUGACACACUUUCUCUUGAGUAGAACAAAAUGAAUUUGUGAUUUGUGUAAUAAAUAAACUUAGAGCCCAAAUAGAAGUAAAUACAAUACCUACCUAUUUGUAGAAUAAUAUGAUAAUUAUUGAGAGUUGUUCCUUCCAAAGUUUAUCCCUUUCAAAAACUAAUCACCUAGGUAUAUUUUAAUAAUAUGUACUCAUUAACUAUUUCAAACAAAAUUUAAUUUUGUUCCUAAAUAGAGGUAAACAAAAAAAUGUCACUUCCGGAGCUGAUCAGUUUUUAUGGUAGUGUCCCAGAUCGAUAUAAUAAAAUAUAUUAGAUACGUUGUGCCCAGACAAUACUGCUUUCAGUCAUAUCAUUCAUCGCAUAUCUAAUAAUAAUUAUUACUAACACUUAAUCAAAAUUCGUAGUGUUUUAUUAUUUACAUCUUAUACAGGGUAACAAUAAUAGUUUUUUAACAAAAAAUAAAAGAAAUUAACAACUAACAAAAUAUUCAUGGCCUAUGAUCAAUAAUAAUUUAAACUUUAGACAGUGGUUUUAUUCUGAUUCUAAUUUAUAUAGACAAAUAACAAAAAUAUAUAGGUAAUAAUAAGAAGUGGAAUAAAGAGAUGUUUAUCUUCAUCUUUUUAUUUGGAAAUACAAGUGUGAUGUGUCUGACAUUUGUCAUGAGUUUUUAGUUGAUGUUUGUUGGAUUUGAUGGGGAUUAUGACAUUUUAAGUUUUGAAACAUCCAAAUGUUUGCAUCCUAAUAUUACCAUGAUUCUGAAUAAUUUUGCAAUUUAUUUGUUGAUGUUUUGUUGGUUUUUUUUUCUGUUGAGUUAGUAGGUGAGUAGGUACAACUUCCUGCAGUAAAUGUUCUCAGUUCUGAUGUCCCAAAAACAUCCAUACCUAGAUUGUAGAUUCUAGAUUGCAUUUGGAGUCGUUAUACAGCUUGUUCCAGCCGCUCAAGCGCUACUACCUUUCUAGAUAUUUUCUAGUUGGUGCCCAAGAUUUGUAGGCUUCUUCCAAAGGAGGCCAGCUUCGUAGUUCGUAAAGUGCCCACCUCUUGGGGUGUUAGCCGCACCCCUUCAAGGUAUUUCAACCUUUCGCAAAAGUGAGCAGGGCACUUUCAGAUUGAAUGUUCUGUAGUUUCUAUUGCUUGUUCGCAAAAUCUGCAGUGAUCGCUGUCUGGUUUGUCUAUUUUUGAUGAUAUUUCAACAGGCAAUGCCCACUGAGCAGACUGACGACUGUUCUAAUGUUUCUUCUGUACAUGUCAAGAAGUUGUUCAGAUCUCUUUGCUGAGAUGGAUACGAACCUUUUUGCCUGUCUCAGACCAAUGAGCUAGCAUUCGUUCCUUGCCCCAUCUGUUCAUUUAUUCGGAAACAACGUUGCUUUUUAUCAGUCCACAAAAAGUCUCUGGGCCCUAAAAAGGUGUUGAAGCGCCUUGUUCUGCGAGCUGGUCUGCCUCGUCGUUGCCCUCUAUGCCCUGGUGUCCUGGCACCCACAUCAUGGUUAGUUAAUUUAUUCCUCCCAGCCAGUUGCUUAGGGAUAUUUUUCCAUCUUCCAAACUAGCUGCGAGUACUUGAUGGCUCUUAGAGCCUUAAGAGCCGCUUGACUGUCGGACAGAAUUUUUAAGGCACUCUUGGGCACAGUUGUUUAUGGCCAGUACCUCAGCUUGAAAUAUUGUAGACGUUUUACCAUUGCUGAGGAGCAUUUGAAGUUUGGUCCGGUGUUUCCCAGAUCGACUCUUUCCGUUAGCUUCGAACCAUACACAUAUGGUUCGAAGCACUCUUUGGUUAUUAUUGUAUCUGUUUUCUGUUAAGUUUACGUAUUAUACAAUGCUCACCCUGUCUUCGAACCUUUUUUUAUGUUGUAUGUUUAAAUUAAUAAUGGGGCUCUGUGCUCCUAACCUAACGAAGCCACAAUGAUGCGUUAUCCGCUUGCGGUAGCUUCGCGUUCUUUCAUGAUUGGCGUUCUUUCACAACCACUUCAUAUGGAAUGUCCAGUAAUGUUAUCAUAUGAUCUGUUGGUUUACUCUGGCACUUGAGCUUUAUAGAGUGAAGGAUGCGUAAGUGGCUAUUCAGAUCACCAGGUUGAGAUAUUUUUGUCUGAAAUGGCCUAUAGGCAUCAACUCUUGCCAGAGUAUUUUUUGGCAUGUUCGCUACUGCCUCUAAGGCAGCGGUGGGGCAGGUUGACAUAGCCCCUGUUAUUCCUAGACAUAUUAGCCUCUGCGGCAUAUCCAAUUGGCUGCUGUAGCUCGAUCGUGAUAUUGUGUCCAUCCAUACCUAAUUGAAGGUCCGGGAACUUUUGGAUUUGAGAAGCUGGAAGUAAACUAUUCGAGGUUUUUGUUACAGUAUUCUCAUCGACAUCCAUAUUUCAAGGGCAUGAAACUUCAAAACCAAAAUUUCUAGGUGCAUUCAAAUCUUCAUCAGGAGCUAUAACUAAGCUCAGUCUCGUAAAAUGUAUUGGUUUCUGAGGCGAACUCCAGCACCUACGAUAAAAUCGUUUUCCAGCUUCUCAUACUGAUGACACCUUACCAUAGAAGCGAUAUCAUAGAUACUAGCCGACUCUUUAAAAAUGGUUGUUCUUGAGAUGAAGAUAUAGGUAUUUCACGAUGUAUUGCUUUUUCUAAUGAAUCGGGGAAAACAGUUUCCGGGGGUUUGAGCCGAUGUAGCAAGCGCACCAUGACUCAUCGAGUGAGUUGUUAUUUCAUUAUUUUAUUUUUCACUUUUCUCAACAUUGAAUUUGAAUAAUUUAUGAUCUUCUGUGAGUGUUUCAUUCUUUGGCGUUAACAAAUUUACAAAGGAGACGUAUAGAAACUCAUCGCACCCCAUCGAACUUUUCUGGCAAGUACUUCCACUGCAUUUCCAACAGUCAAAGAUUCGUGAUGAUGUAAACUUAAACUGGUCGUUUCAUUGCAUCUAGAAUUCAAAAUAUGAUUUGAGUUUCUAUUUGUGGAGUUUUUGAAAAAAAAGUAAAGUUCCGUUUUGUGUUUAGAGAGAGGACCACUGGAUCGGAAAAUAAGGCUAUUCUAAGCCUUAAUUUGGAUUUAUUUAUCUUUAUCUUAUGUUAUUUGCAUGUAUACACCUUUGACAUAGGUACCUACACAAAUAUUACAAUUUGAUCCUACACUCUUGGUUUUCUGAAGAUUACCAAAUUUCUGUAUUAGCUGGAACAUUUUUCGUAUCAUGAUCAUGCGACGUGAGAAUGCGAAGAUUGUUUUUACUCAGUGAUAUAAAAUCUUUUGAUCUCCGAGGGGACCUAAGAAACAUUUUCGGUUGCCUUAAACCUGGAAGCUAUGCCACAGAAAGGCUCUGGUCCUAAAAACGGAGUUUGUGCUCCCAAUUCUGCAAAUUGGUCCGCCUUCUCAAUACCUGCGAUCCCUGCAUGUCCCGGUUUCCACUGGAGAAAUAGUUUGUUAUUUUUGCCCAGGAAUUCCUAAACCAUUAGGGAGGUGAUUAUACAAUCUUUCUUUUUUUUUAGUUUCUGUCAAGAUUGAACCCAGCACAUCUACUAUUAGUGUUUAUUUUCGCGUGAAAUAUGUCUGGGUGAUUUCCCAUUGAUUUCGAGAACUUCCAGGCCCAAAUACUCUGGCUUCGGUAACUUGUUCAGUUCUCGACCCAUCUGUAUCCCAUUUUACGGCUUUCUGCUACAUUGCAAGAAUGGAUGUGGUGUUUCCUUUCCAUUCUUCUCUGCUUCUGAUGACUACUGUGGAGCGUUUCUCAAAAUUAUAUGUUUUGAUCGUAUCAUCCCUGGGGAGCUCGCGAGAAGCGGAAAAAGCUUGCUUGAAGAUGCUAAUUCUCUUCUUCCACGCCAACCUCCCUCGCCAGUGAUUCUAGUCGUUGUUCGUCUAUUACCACGAUCUUAAGAGGUAGGAAGACUUACAAUUGUCUCGAUGGCUGCUGUAGGAUGAGUUUUCAAUACGCCCGUGAUGCAUGUGAACGCCAGGGGUUGUAGUUUGUUGAGAGCUGCUUUUAUAUUCUGCUUCUCAACUUUUUUGAAUCAGGCUAUCGAUCCAGGGUUGGUCUUACUUUACUGUCAUGAUGGUGUACAUCCAUCUCAAGAUCCCUGCUUUGUAUCUCCAGGUUUAACCUGCAUGGUUUCGGCACACCAUGAUGAGAGCCCUAGUCGCCUUGGUUACAGCUCCCUCAAUAUGUUUUCUCCAUUAGAGUUUGCAGUCCUGCGGUAUGCCGAGACAUUUGACUUCCGUCACCAGUGUAAUAUUAGUUCCGUGUAUUCGGAUGUCCUUUAUUCUAGGGACCUUUCUCCUCCUAUUGAAAGGCACUAUGGUGGUUUUUGAUCGGUUUAUCUCCAGUCCGACUAUUCAGCACUACUCCUCCGUUGCUUUGAGUCCCAGUUUGUACGGGGAAGAGUGCUUACCUCAAUAGACUCAUUGCCUAUUGAAAUCUCUGCUAUCCUCGUGGCAAACAUCUUACACAUCCAUCGAGAUAUAUGAUAUAUGUUUGUCCCAUAGAACUCUGUAACUCUGAAAAGUAGGAAAGAGAAAAGAUGUUGCAUAGAACCUUAUAAGGACAAGAAGGGGCUUCUAGCUAUUUGUGAAUGGCUAUAGGUGUAUCAGAGCAUCAGCGUUUAGAAAUGUGCACACCAGUUCAGUUACUUCCAUUUUUAAAUUUUCGUAAAUUUAAACUGGUUCUACAUGAUCGAAUAGCUUCAGUUAAACGAAUAAGGUAAACAAUACCUUGAAUUUCUUGCGGUUAGAUUAGAAUUGAUAUUAAAUUUAUUUGCCUCACAUAUUACAUAAUUUCCUAGUGCCUGAAAUAUAUUCUAUUAAAACAAAAACCAUAACACGUAUCAUCUUGUACACGUACUUGUUGUAUAGGUAAUUCUAAGAUUUUUUUAAUUAAAUAUUUAAAGAUUAAAGAGUAGGUUUUGAAAGGGAUAAAAAUUGUACUAAAAAUGUACUUAAAAACAAUCAUCUACCUACCUAAUAAAAAUAGUGUUUAUAAACACAUAUCUUCUUUAGCUAAUACCACAGAUUACCUAAUACAGAUGCGAAAGUACGUAUACUUGUCGUCGACGAUAUUCUGUGACGAAGCCGGGCCGCCAGCGCCCCGACGCAUAGAUAAAGAUCGUCAGGACAAUUAACGUGGCCGAGUGGGUGAGCAUGUUCCAGCCUGUGUGUUUACAUAUUUUUGCGGGUAGAAAAAAAAUAUUUUUUUGCUGUUUGUGAACCAAUUAAAGAAAUAAUAUUAUAUUAUUGAGCUUCCGCAUUUAUAUAAUAAAUAUGUUCAAAAUACAUUGAUGUGGCAUUGGUGCGGCCCAGCCUAUGUCUAUCAAAUUAAUCUUGAACCACGAAUUCGCAGCUCUUUCUCAUCUGUAUGUAAGUAAUCUGUGCUAAUACUUAAAUUUACCAAAAAAAAAAACUACUAAUAAAAUAAUAAACCCUAACAGUGUAUUAGAUGCAUCUCCUUUAAUAUUUCUGUUGAAUGUUAUUAAAAAAAAUAUAAAAAUCUAUGAUGGAUUGUUCAUAUAAUUAACGCUUUGAUGUUGAUUGAUGUAAAUAUACUUUUAGUAGACUACUCCAAUAUUUUAGGUUUUGUUGAGCUUUAGACCAUUGUUAACAGGACGUACCUUCGUUCUAAAAGCGGUACCUACCUAAUUCAUUAGGCUGAUGCUAAAAGUAAUACCUAAAUCAACAACUAAAUGUAUUGUUGAAAGUUUUAAAGCUAGCUAAAAUUAAAAUAUAUAACAUUGAAUAAAUUAAUAUAUGGGGACUUAUCAGUAAAUAAAAACAAAUAAUUUCAAGAAACGCACCAGACUUAAAAUGUUUUUGAUUUAAGUUUGAAAAUGUAAGUCCAAUGAACAUGAAUUUUGAAAGUCAAUUAGUCUUUGAUCAGAUGUUUCCAUCUUGACAUCUACAGAUCUACACAUGAAAGAUUUGCAUUACCUACUCUUCCAAAUUUGUCCUCAUGAUGGUUCGAUCUUCAUCAAGAUUAUCCACCCUGUUUCAUUUUUUGGGCAGGUACUUCCUCAUGAGCGACAUUUGGAUAGAUAUUGUCGUGCGCCGAAUCAGCAUUUACCUACUUGUUGAGCAAGAUAUUUUAAAGUGGGGUUGGUGCUGCUUUUGGAUGCGCAAGCACGUUCUUAUCAAUAAUCUGUAAUAUCUAGUUAUUAUAGGCAAUAACUAAUGAAUACCCUAGUUUAUUUAGAAAGUUUUUAUUUUUAACAUAGUGUCUGUACAUUUUAUUGCAAUAAAUAUAUUUUUUUCCAAA